AUGGGAAAUUUAACCAGCAGACAGAAUGUUGGUAUUGAAGAAGUUGAUGUUGUUUCAAAUCAUGCAUAUAAGUACCCUCCUAAAUCUGGAAAUUAUUUUGGAAGUCAUUUCAUUAUGGGUGGUGAAAGGUUUGAUACCACACAACCAGAAGCUUAUUUAUUUGGAGAAAAUAUUGAUUUAAACUUUUUAGGAAGUAAACCUACUCCUUUUCCAUAUCCACCUCCUCAAGCCAAUGAACCGACAAAAACUUUAAGGAGUCUUGUCAAUAUUAGAAAAGAAUCUGUCAGAUUUGUUAAAGCACCAGAAUUGGUUUUAAAAUCAAAUUUUUCAAAUGAAACAUCCACAGAUAACAAAUUUAAUAUUGAGUUUACUUUUGAUUGUGAUUGUAGUUGCACAAUAGUAAUAUAUUAUUUUUGUACUGAAGAGGUCACUAGUACAGGACUUGUGUAUACUUCCAAAGAUCCAUUAAUGACAUCAGAAAAGUUUCAUUACAAAAGAGGAUCCAAUCAACAAUUUUCACAAAUUUCUCAUGUAUUUGAUCCCAGUAAAUUUUCUGAAGAUGAACUUACUUACGACUUAGAAAAGGAAGUUAUUCCUAUUGCCAUUCAUUGCAUCGCAGAAGAUGGAAACGAAGGAGAAAACCAUCAAUCUCAUACAACUUAUGCUAUUGUGGAUCAUCAUUCAGAUGGCACUUAUGUGUUGAAAGCUUUAAAGCAAAAAUUGUAUGUUGAUGGUCUUUGCUAUUUGCUGCAAGAAAUUUAUGGAAUAGAAAAUAAAAAUAAUGAUAAUGCAAAGGUUCUGAGUGAUGAAGAAACAGAAGACAAUGGUUCAGAUUGUGUAAUUUGUAUGUGCGACAUGAGGGAUACCCUUAUUCUGCCAUGCAAACAUUUGUGUUUAUGUAAUUCUUGUGCUGAUUCUUUAAGAUACCAAGCUAACAAUUGUCCCAUUUGUAGAGCACCUUUUCGAGCUUUAUUACAAAUUAGAGCCUUACAAAAGUCUUUUACAUCAGCUUCAAACCCUACAUUACAUGUUGUAGAAGGAAGUUGUGAACAUACUCCUCCAGGAUAUAAAGCUGUGUCACUAAUUGAAGCUUUAAAUGGUCCUUGCACUCUUCGUUCUACAGCAUGCCAAGAUAUGACGGAAACACUAAAUUCAGAAUCAGCUGCACAGGCUGCUGAAAUGUUGAAUAGAUCUAGCAACUCGGACGACAGUAAAAAAUCAUCAAGCGAAAAUGGUAGCGUGCAUCGAUUAAGUGCAACGGCUUCUUCAACACCCGAAUUUCGAAUGUCGGUUUUAUUGGCUCGAGAAGAUGGUAGUAAAAGUUCUCCUUCGUUAUGUAGACGUAGCUCUUCCAAACGGAAAAGCAGUCGUUUGGAUGAUGAAUAUAGCAACGAAGAAAAAGUAGCUACGGAACCCGAUCAGUGUUUCGAGGGUGACAGCGAUGCUGAAAAAUUGUCUCCAUUAUUGGUCACAAAAAAAGUAGAGGUUCCCAGUGAGGAAAAUAAUUUAGAAAAAGAAAUACACAAUAACUUUCCAGAGCCUGAUAAGAAGCCCUCAUUUACAGGAGGUUUGGAGAGAGGAGACGACUCCGAUUAUUACACUCCAGAGGAUCCAGCUCCAACGGUGACGAGUCCUUUAUACGAAUCAGAUAAAGAACAACCUACUCCAUCGUCUGUAGAAAGUACUCCAGGACGAUGGGUUCCCACAAGAGAUGUAAUGAUGACUGUUUCUUUGCCGGGGACUCCAAUAAGCACUUCAAGUCAUUUGAGCGCGCGUUCGAGCGGUGAUUCCUACAGUUCGACUAGUUCCACGCGACAUUUGUUAGCUCACAACGUAGCCAACAAACAGGAAAAAGUUACCAGCGGUCAGGUAAAUACAUAA